GCAACUGCUACAGUCCACAUCCCAUCUCCUGCGAAGCACCGCGCUCAAGCUGUCUGUUCAGUAGUCGGUGCACUAGGUUGAACGACUCACGAGCACAUGUCUUAUGAUGCUGCCAGUGAAUUGCUCGGUCUCAUGCAAAAUGGUCUAUCACAUCAGCAGCUUGAGCAUCUUGCUGCCAUGAAGCAAUGUAUCAAGCGCGAAAUCAUCGAAACGUCAGCCGUUCGGCCGCUUUUUCAAGCACUUACUUGGGGCUUGCCUGCUGCCAAUACACAAAUCAGUAGUCAGAGCUUGACACUAGCCCAUGGCGCGCUUCGGAGACUCAAUCUUCAAGAUGGGAGCUUGCUUGGCCCGGUCUUACCCCUCGUUCUACCACUCUUCAUCAACAAACUUGGGGAUGCAAACGAAAAGGUCAGAGAUUUGGCGCGAGACUGUCUAGCAGUGGCAUGGAAGUCGUGCGGCGCUGAGGUGGAGCGCGCAGUCAAAGAACUUGGCUACAGACACCAAGGCUGGCUCGUGAGGCGCAAUUCAAUACAAUGGACGCUGAAGAUGAGCAGAGAUAAACCUACAGGCUUUGUGUCUCGGCCUUUCAUUGGAUUCCUGAUUGCGUGUCUGGAAGAUGGAAGAGAGGAAAUACGAGAAAGUGCAAAGGACGCGAUCGUUGAGCUCUGUGAGCCACUACCGCCGCACGCGCGUGCUGAUCUCCGUCGGGAAUUGUACAUGCAGAAGGUCCGCAAGCCUAUGGUCGACUUCAUUCUCACUGCCUUGGACAUACCGGACGGUCCAGAUCUGUCGACAGGCAGAGCCGUACAACCUGAAGAGCCUCGUCCGAAACGAUCGCUACAACCGAGUUCACAUUACGAAGGGUCUAUUGCUGGCAGUAUGGCUUCCACUUUCAUUGGCAGUGUCCCUGGUUCUGAACUUGAAUCUGUCGAGCCGGCGUAUAUUGCGUCUGCGAGAGACCUCGAGCACGACCUGCAAGCCAUGUUGCUUUUCUUCGAAGGUCGUGAAUCAGAAAAGAAUUGGCUCAAUCGUGAACGCAGUAUUGGCAAGCUCAGAUCUCUCUUGCGUGGCAAUGCCAGCAAAGAUCAUCCAGUCGUUUUACUCGCGAACAUCAAAAGCUUACUGGAUGGCAUCAUCAAGGGCAUGACAUCGCUGCGUACAAGUCUAUGCUUGGCAUCUCUACAGCUCGUCAAGGACAUGUGCAUUAUCUUGGGUCCAGCAGUGGACAACAUGGUUGAGCAACUCCUAGUCACACUCGUGAAGCUCACUGGCCUGACAAAGAAAAUUGCAGCACAGGCCGCCAAUGUCACAGCCUGUGUCCUGCUAGCAAGCGUCUCGUAUCAUGCUCGUUUGUUACAGCAGAUUCUCCAAGCGGCACAGGACAAGAAUGUCGCGCCUCGACAGUACGCUGCACACUGGCUCAAAGUCUUGCUCGAAGCGCACCUCGAAGUCAAGUCGCAGAUUGAGCACUCUGGCAUGGAUAUCAUUGACAAGAUUCUGAAAAAGGGACUUGCUGAUGCAAAUCCUGCCGUCCGUGAUGCGAUGCGAGCCUCGUAUUGGAGCUUUGCCGCUGUGUGGCCAGAUAGAGCUGCCACCAUGAUGGCGUCACUGGACCCAGGCACCAAGAAGCAACUCGAGCGAGCGAAACCCGGUUCAGGCGUGCCAGACUCUGUUGCGACGCAGAAGCCUUCAGACAUCAGUAGACUCUUGACACACUCACGCAAUGCUUCUUCUACGACGGCGCGACCUGCCAUUCAUUCGAUGGCGUCACAUGACCGUAUGGCCAAGGCAGCUGCAGUACCACCCAUCACUGUGUCAAAUAGCGAACCCAAAACCUUGCCCCAAGUCAAGGAGCAACGCCCAAGUGGUCUCUCUUCUGGUCCUGUCAGGUCUGGGUUGGGCAAUGCAGUGCGCGUCAAUCCCAGUCUGGCACCGCCUCGGAAAGCAGUCAGCAAGCCCGACGAUGCAUUGCGCUCCUCAACGCGAUCCAAUAGUUCAGCAACGCAUACGAAUGGAAGUAGUCUAACAAGCCAUACUUCGCCAUCAAAGAGAGACCCGCCGCCGAGUGCGAUGAAGAAGAAGCAGGUGACGAUUGUUGAACAGCUUGAGAGUGAGAAUUGGCGGACUCGCGUCGAUGGUGUCAUCACACUUGCCUGUCUCUUGGCCAACAAGGAACCGCCCAAUUCGGACGGUACCAAGAUUCUCCUGCCAAGUCACGAGACACUCGCUCCCAUUCUACGCAAGCUAAUGGCAGACCAGCAAGCUGAAGUGGUAGAUCACUUGAUGGCGCCAGAAGUCAUCUUUGAGAUUGCCAAGAUCAUUGAUUGGGACGCCAUCUUACCGCGCGUGCUGUACAUGGCUGAAACAGAUGACUCAGAUCGCGGACAUGAUGUACAAAAAGACUGUCUCCCAGCGGUCAAGCGUAUGUUCAAUGACUACGAAGCUGUUCAGCACUGUCUUGAGACUCUCGCAGUGCUGAAAGUGUCUGGUCAUUCUGUCAAAAUGGCAAAACCAAAUUUCCGCUUUACCCCAGUCCAGAAACGACCCAUUAUCAAGGCAGUGUUGUUGUGGCUUACAGAAGCCAUUGAGCGGCAUCUUGAAGCUGUUGAGAAGGGUGAGCCUGGCAAUCAAGCCUUCUCUGAGCCUAUUGAGUAUAAAUUGGUGAUGAAUCGGAUCAUGUCCAUGAUGACCAAUGUGCAGCCCACGUCAAUGAAUUAUGGUCCCCUGGCAGCGUGUCUCAAGGCACUUCGGAAGGCAGAUGAGGCGACCUUUGACAAGAACCUAUCAACUUUCGAGCGGCCUGUUACCAAUGCUCUGAAGCGUGCCUGGGGCGAGAAGGCCGUCGAGGAAGAUGUCGGUGUAGAGGAGCCUGUCGCAGAUGUUCAGCAAGUGCUUGGCAGCUAUCCGUUGCUCGUUGCUGAUACAGUGGAGAAGCGAUCUGUGUCUGGCGGAACGGUGACGGACGAGCCAUUGACUCCGGAGAAGGCUACAACGACCACAGAUCCUGCUGGGUUUGUUGCUGAGAGUCCGCAAUUUGACAGACUGCACACUGAUCAGUUGCUACCGCCCAAAACGCCAGCGAAUUUCAGAAACGCAGUCGCUUUGCUGGAAGACUCGCCCAUCUCCACCAACGGCAAUGCAUCGACGUCUGUGUCGCCUGUGCAGGAUAAGAGCAGGAAGAAGUUUCAUGGUCAAGACCGAUGGUACAGGUCGCAGAUGCGUCAACAUGUAUCUGGCACGCCUCUUCCUGCUGGCUAUCAAGCAAAGAAGUAUCUGCUUGCCGAGCUGAUUGGCAAGCUGCCAGGCGGAGCUCUAGACGUAUCAGAGUUUCGCAAGUUUGGAAAGCUUGUCAAGGAGGAAGUGGAUCAAAACAACACGGAUGGCACAGGGCUCACGCCGGAUCUCUGGGAUGCAGGGAGUAGCUUUGAUGUGCUCAUCAAAAGCAUCAUUGCAGCACUGCAAAGCGACUCGCUCGAAGCACACUACAAGACACAGACCAUCACACUCCUUCGAUCACUACUACGUGCACAACCACGGUACUUUUCAGGGCAUGAAGAUGAGACUGUGGUGGCUUUGCUCAGUUUAGCCAGUAAUGCAGUGACAAAUAGGAUUCUCGCUGCUGGCGUGGAGGAAGCACUCAUUGAAAUCACGGAUGAUGUCGAAGCCGUGGCAGGCACGGAGACCGUCUUGCAGUUCCUCUUCUCUUACAUUGAGCGAGACGAAGCGGCGUGGCACGCAACACGUAUCCCCUCAUUACAAGUCAGUCUUGUGUGUCUCAGCAGGCUGAUUGCUCAGCUCACGCGGGAUACGUUUGCAGUCUUUGCCAAAGCAACGGCGAAGCUCGUCACGAAGGCCUUCAGCGACAAAUUUGAGGCACCGGAUGUCGAGGUGGCAGAGAUUCGUCGUCGCACAGUCAAUGUUUGCUUGUCGAUUCACACAGUCGUUGGGGAUACGCGACAGACGCUUGCUUUGUUGCAUGCAUUGAAGCCGUCGCAUCAGAAUUUGUUGACUUACUAUUUCGCCAACAAGGAACGGGAUGGAUACCAGGUUUGAAUCAGGCAAGGGCGUUAUAGUCGACAAGUGUGCUUGUAGAAGUGUUUCUGCAUGGGAGCUGUGUCUAACUAUGCUCUUGCAAUGACGGAUUCUCCUUGAGCGCUCUCGACCACUGUGCCCGUUAGCUUAGGUGACAUGGCUCAUCGUUCGUACGAGCAUGGAUGGGAUCCAACGAGUCGGUUGCUUAUCGCGCGUUUCGAUUUCUGCACUGACAGACCAGACAAAGGCUGUCGCUGCCACGAUACCUGUCGCAACAACGGCUGUAUUGGCUUUCCAGUUUUGUGGGCGCGACCAGAAUCCACCUGCAGGCGUUUGUGUCAGUUUUGUAGGGAGCAAUGAGGGAGUGAGUGUACCUGUCGGCGACCAGAUGUGCUUGUUGUACGGAUAGUGACCGCCU